GAACAGACGUUGUACAGGCUGAAAUCCAUCAUCACUGAAUUUUGAUUGAAAAGUAAUAUAGUUUGAUGAGUGUCGGGUGGAAACGGACGGAUUCUGGUGGAUAUGAGUGUUUCUUAGAGUACGAAAAGGCUAACAGUAUGGGAUGCGUAGAAUACGCAGCUACCUUUGGAUCUGUGAUUCUUCUAGUCAUGACUCUACCUUUUUCGCUAUUUUGGUGCUUCAAGGUGGUACAAGAAUAUGAACGAGCCGUCAUUUUUCGCUUAGGACGCCUUCGAACAGGAGGCGCCAGAGGACCAGGAAUUUUUUUCAUCUUACCAUGUGUCGACAGCUACUGCAAAGUAGAUUUAAGAACGGUUUCUUUUGAUGUUCCGCCACAAGAAGCUCUCACUAAAGACUCCGUAACCGUAACCGUGGACGCUGUUGUUUAUUAUCGAAUUCAAGAUCCUUUGAAUGCUGUCACGAAAGUAACUAACUAUAGCAACUCUACAAGACUGUUGGCGAUGACGACUCUGCGUAAUAUUUUAGGGACGAGGAAUCUUGCAGAAGUGCUAUCAGAUCGUGAAGCUAUUUCUCAUGCCAUGCAGACGAAUUUGGAUGUUGCUACCGAUCCUUGGGGAGUCAAAGUUGAAAGAGUGGAAAUAAAAGACGUUAGUCUGCCUCAACAACUUCAAAGAGCUAUGGCCGCUGAAGCUGAAGCUUCCAGAGAAGCCAGAGCGAAAGUUAUAGCGGCCGAGGGGGAAAUGAAAGCGUCAAGAGCUUUGAAGGAAGCUGCCGAUGUUAUUAACGAGUCGCCAGCGGCGUUACAAUUAAGAUAUUUACAAACUUUGAAUAAUAUCUCGGCAGAGAAGAAUUCAACCAUUAUAUUUCCGUUACCCAUAGAUUUAAUAAGUUAUUUUAUUAAUUUUCAUAACGGUACUCAGAUUAUUUAAUAGGCGUAUGUUGUUAUUAGAAAAGAGUGUAUAUUUACUAUAUACAACAUGUCUAUAUAGAUAAUAAAAUGUAUGCAAAA